UCCUUCCUGGUCGGGCCGCGCCGAACCGAGCCGAAGCGAAUCGGAGGGGGGGGACCCGAAGCGGGCCGAGCGCAGCCGAAGGGGCUCGGGGGAGCCAUGGGGCAGAUCGAGUGGGCCAUGUGGGCCAACGAGCAGGCACUGGCGGCGGGGCUCAUCAUGCUGACGGGUGGGAUCGUGGCCGUGGCGGGGCAGUUCAAGGGCUGGUGCUUUGCGGCGUACGCCAUCGCUGCAGGUGUCCUGGUCUGCCUGCUUGAGUACCCAAGGAGCAAGAGAAAGAAGGGCUCCACCAUGGAGCGGUGUGGCCAGAGGUACCUGACAGCGGUGGUGAAGCUCUUUGGACCCCUCACAAGGAACUACUACAUCCGAGCCGUCCUGCACGCCGCCCUGGCCGUCCCCGCCGGCUUCCUCCUCUCCACCAUCCUGGGCACCGUCUGCUUGGGCAUCGCCAGUGCCAUCUACCUGCUGGCCGCGGUGCGUGGGGAGGAGUGGAGCCCCAUUGAGCAGCAGCCCCGGGAGCGGCCGCACGUGUGGAGCACCAUCAAGCAGCCCCCCAACAACCCCCCGCCACGGCCCCCCCAAGACACCCGCAGGAAGCAGCCGGCGGAGGGGGGGGGUCAGGUGAACCCCAUCCCAGUGGAGGCUGAGUGAUGGAUGGGGACCCCCUCCUGAUGCUGCUGCUGCUGCUGCUGCUCGUGCUCCUGCUUCCCAGUGUACUGCAGCUGCUGGGGGGGGAAUGGGGUGCUAGGCUCACGGGGAUCUUCAAAUCCACAGGGAUGAUCGGGUCCUGGGGGGGUCUCCGGGUGCCAGGGGCUCCCAUCUCCUGUGUGUCCUCAAAUCCCAAGGGAUGCUCAGUUCCUGGGGGUCCACGGCUCCUUGGGAUCCCCAAAUCCGUGAGGAUCAUCAGUUCUCCCUGGGAUUCCUGGGGAGUCCUCAGAUCCACAGAGAUGCUCAGCUCCUAUGGGGUUUCUAGCUCUCAGGGGCUCCCAUCUCCUGUAGAUCCUCAAAUUCCAAGAGAUGCUCAGUUCAAUGAGGCAUCUCGAGCUUCCACAGGCUCCCCAAAUCCCCAGGGAUGCUCAGGUCCAUGUGGGGUCUCCAGAUCCCAGGGGCUGGCCAUCUCCUGUGGAUCCCCAAAUCUCCAGGGAUGCUCAG